AUGAACAACAUCAACAUGGCGAACAUGCAGGCCAUGGGCGGUCCUGUCGGCAACCCAAUGGCUAUGAUGAACAAUGGCGCAAUGGUCCCGCAGGGUGGACCUCGACAGCAGCUCCAGUCCAACGACAGCAACCGGGCAUUGCUCAAUACCUACAUCUACGAAUACUUCCUCCGCUACGGCAUGUAUGACUGCGCCAGAGCCAUGCUCAGCAGCGAUCAGCAAAUCAAGGUUCAUAAGGACAGCCCGGGCGGUCGUCGCGACGAAAAUGGCAACGUCAUUGGCAACGGCGUCGGCGAUGAUGCCAUGGACACCGACUCCAAGGACGACAUCGACAAGCGUCCCGAUGACCUCCCCGCACCCAACAUCCCUACCCCUGCUGCCGAUAGUUGCUUUCUCUACGACUGGUUCUGUCUCUUCUGGGACAUUUUCAACGCCCAGAAGGGCGGCAAGGGUGCCAGCAAUCAAGUCAACCAAUAUGUCAACCACGCUCAGCAACAAUCUCGGAUGAAGCAGGUCGCGCAGCAGGACUUGCUGCGCAACAUGCGCCCGGACUUCUCCCAGCAGCAGCAGUACAUGAUGCGGAACAUGCCCAACGGCGCCAUGAUGAAUAUGAAGGCCCAGGGUAACAACCUGCAGCGCGCUGCUCUCGCCAACAGCCAGAACAAUCCUCAAGCCAUGCAGGCCCUCCAGCAACAGAAGCAGGGAGGUCAGAUGCAGCGCGAUCCUUCCGACAUGGAUGGCAACCGGCAACGACCCUCGUCACCAAGCUCCGCCGACAACGCGCCCUCACCAUCGAAGCGCCCACGUCUUGAUGCUGGCGCCUUCAACCCCAACCAGGCCGGCAUGGUGCCCAACGGACGUCCAGGCGGUGCUCAGGGGAUGCCGGGCCAACAGAUGCAGAUGCCCCCUAGCACGCAGCAGGUUCAGCAAAUGUUGAUGCAAAACGGCAUCAACCCCAGCUCGCUGAACCCUGAUCAGCUGCAGACCUUCACGAACCAGUCACCAGCCGUACAGGCAAAGACUAUCGCGACCUACGCCCAGAACUUGCAACACCACCACAGCAACCAGCUUCCCAACAAGCCCAUGCCCAACGCACCCAUUCCCCAGGGUCAAGGCUCGCCCAUGGUUCCUCAGGGGCCUGAUGGCGCCGCUCUCACCGCCUACUACAACGCCGGUGAGAUGGCCCCCGGCGGCAUGCGACCCGGUCCCGGCGGCGCCAAUGCUGCCGGCGGAAGCAACCACGCUCUACAGGACUAUCAGAUGCAGCUGAUGCUCCUCGAGCAGCAGAAUAAGAAGCGACUGAUGAUGGCUCGCCAGGAGCAGGACGGUAUGGGCAUUACUCGUCCUGAUGGUCAGCCCGGCCCGGCCGGUCCAGGUGGUCCUCAAGGGCCUAACGGCCAGCCCUUCCAGGGAACAUCCCCGCAGGGUCCUCGGUCUGGUGCCUCCCCGAACCCGGCUGAGCAAAUGAAGCGCAACGCCCAGAUGGGCCAGGGCGGCAUGGGUUCGCCAUUGCCAGAGGGCGCACAGUCGCGUGGCUCGCCCAACCCUGUCAACUUUAUGGGCGCCACGAUGGAUCCCAACAUGGCCCCCAACUUCUUCAAGGGCAUGAACAACAUGGACGGCAACAUGGUUGCUGCUCAGAUGAACGGCAUGCGCCCUCCCAAUGCCCACCCGGGCCAGCCUUUUGCCGGUCCGAUGCACCAGCAGCAGAUGAUGGCCCGGCAGCAGCAGGCCGCUGCUGCACAGCAAGGACAGCAACCGCCGCAGCAGGGCCAGGGCGGCCCGCAGAUGCAGUGGCAACAAGGAGGCCCCAACGGGGCCCAGAUGGGACCCCAGGGCCCUCAAGCUCAGUCUGUGCAGGGUACGCCGCAACAGCGCUCCAUGCCGCCCCCAUCAGCACCAGCUGCUGCGGCCAACGCCAACCAGAGGAAUACCUCGUCGCCGCAGACGACCAACGCUGCGCCGCCCACGCCUCAGCAGUCCAACAAGGCCGCCCCCAAGAAGAAGAGCGAGAAGUCGAAGAGCAAGGUAAUGCACAUCUCACCCUGUCCCUCUACCGCGAUACAACGAACUGACAAGAGUCGUCGACAGGCGGCGUCACAGAAGAAGUCGAACUCCAACCUCAACGCGGCUGCCACCCCUGCAGCCGAUGCUCCCGCCGAGGCGGAGGCGACACCGGCUACACCCAUGACGCCUGUCAAUCCUGCCGCCAACUUCAACAAGGGUCAGAACGCAGGCGCCGGCGCUGCUCCGGUCAACGGCCAGCCUGCUGCCCCGGCACCCCCGGCCGCAGCACCCGCCCCGAUCCCGCCUUCGCAGCCCCCGACCGACCCCAGCCAGACCUCGUUCAUGGAUCAAGCUCCUCUGGUAAGCUUUGAUGAGUUCCACAUCCAGCAACCGCCUUCGCUGACGGACAUGCAGGACUUCGGCGCCAUGGACUUUGCCAACCCGCUCACGUCGGACAACGUCCUCAACGACUUCGACUUCGACUCAUUCCUGCAUGACAACGCCGAGGACCCCACCUUUGACUUCAACACGGGUGCCUUCAUGGAGGGCGCUGGCGAGAUUGGCACCGGCGAGUAG